AUGGGUUUCGCCGGAGUCGCGUUUCAGUCGCGCGCGGCGUCGCUGGCGGAGCUGCAGCACUGCCCGCAGUUCCACGACGCCAUUCUGACGCUCGCCGACGGCGCCAUGUUCUCCGCGCCCGCGUGCCUCCUCUACGCGCGCAGCAAGUGGUUCCGCCGCGCGUGGGAGGACGCGCCGGGCAGCGGCUUCGGGAAAUGCGUGGAGAUCACGAUUCCGCCUGUGCCCGGCGGGAUGGAUGCGUUUGAAAGCAUUCUACAGUACUGCUACGGGCUGCCUGUUAACGCGGAUGCCACUAACGCGUUGCAGCUGCUGUGCUGCGCAGCGUUCUUCGAGAUGUGUGAGGGGAGCGAGGAGGAUUCGUUGCAGCGGCAGGCGUGGAGGUACAUUAACGAGUAUGUCCUUAACGAGUGGGAGGACAGCCUGCGGCUGCUGGAGACAGUAGCGAGGGACGAGCUUGUAAUGAGGGAGGCGCUGAAGCUGGACCUCCCGCUGCACGCGUCAGCAUGCGUGGCAGGCACGUGCGCCAUCCCAUCCACCCACACCCGCCCGCCUGCUCACUCUAUUCUGUUCCCCCACCCACCACCCCUCUCGCCCUCCCCUUCCCGUCCCGCCUCCCCCUUUCACCCCUCCCUCGUCUUCAUUCGCUUUAUCCUCUUCAUCUUCUCAUGCAGUGAGCGCUCUUCCCAUGCUCCGCAACCGCACCUGCUCGCUCUGAUCGCCUGCCUGCCACUCCAUUACCACGUGAUACCUGUCCCCUCGCGCACUCAUGCUUAUGUUUCCCCUGCACCACCCCUGCACCACCCCUGCACCACCCCUGCACCACCCCUGCACCACCCCUGCACCACCCCUGCACCACCCCUGCACCACCCCUGCACCACCCCACCCCACCACACUGACCCACGUGCAGACCAUCUGAGCGCCAUGCUGUCGGGCCCCUUCGACGACCCCACGCGCAUGGCGGCGCUGCACCACCUGCUGGCGCGCCUGGCCGCCCUGCCCGCGCCCGUGCUGGCGUGCGUGCUGCAGGCGUGCCGGCAGGCCAGUGUGAGCUUCGUGCGCAUCGGCAACUGCCUCGCUGCGCUCUCCCACUCCUGCCUCUUCCAACACAUCCCCUCCCUCACUGCCGCUGCCACUGCUGCUGCUACUGCUGGUGGGGAUGGUGAUGUUGCAGCAGAAAAAGCUGCAGCAGGAGGUGGGGAAGCACGUUCGUCCACUGGGCUUUCAAGCAGCGGUGGUUCAGAGAGGAGGGUGGCGAGUGGAGGGGGAGAGGCAUACAAGGUGGUGUGUGGGGAGGAGGGUGCGGAGGAGGCGGAGGAGAGGGAGGAGGUGGGGCGGGCGAUGCUGUUUGAGUAUGCGUGCAGCGAGGCGCUGGAGCACGCUGCAGCCAUGCAGGACCUGCACCACCGCCCGCCAGCAGCAGCAGCAGUGGGAGGAGGAGGCGUGGGCGCGGAAGGCGGGGCAUCAGCGGCAGCGGCAGCAGCACAGCAGCAAGCAUUGAGGCGGCAGCAAAAGGGGGGGCUGAGGUCGAGCACGCGCUACAUGCCGUCGGUGCAGUACCUGAUCGUGCUGCUCAAGCACUGUGUGGCUCUGCAGGAAGGUCACGCACUCACGGAUGCACACGGCCAGGGGCACGGCGAUCAACUGGGUGGUGUUGGUAAGACGAGAAACUCAGCCUCGUUACAAGGGGACUCGUUACAAGGAAAGGAAGGGCCAAGACAUCCGGUGAACAGCAAGGGGGUUCAAAGGGCAUCGUCCGUGCAGCGUGUGGGAGGCAGGGGCGUGAGGGGGGGUGCAGGCGCUGUGAGCUCAGGGCUGCGGGAAACCAAGAGCGACACUGACGUGCCGUCCAGUGAGCUAGCGAUCGCGAGCAGCAAGGGCGAUGGCAUGGGGGAGAGUGUGCGGGCGGGCGUGGGGCGGCGCAAGGAGCUGCUGUUCUCACGGCUGGCGCACCGGGUGACAGCCAUGCCGACGGCGCUGUCCCUGGCGGACCUGGUGGAGAGGGAGCGGCGUGGGCGGCAGGAGAGGGCGCUGCAGCAGGCGGCUCUGGAGGUGGAGAGCGUGCGUGCCGCCAGCACCCGCCUCGCCCUGGAGACCGCGCAGGGCAUGGCAUCGGACCCGUGCCCAUGGGAGACGCUACAGCACCGCGGGCUGGAUGCGGACAUGCUGGUGGACAUCGAUGGGGUCUCGUGGCCGCUGCACCGCCACGUGCUCCUCCCGCACUGCCCGCUCAUCCACUCCCUCCUCCCCGCCGCCACCGCUGCCACCGCCACCGCCAGCACAGUUGAGGAGGAGCAGGGCUGCAUGCCGCUGACUCCCCUCGCCCUGGCCACGGGGCUGCCCAUUGUGGCGCUGAGUGGCUUCCCCGGGGGGCCGCGCUCCUUCUCCAUCAUCGCCCGCUGGUGCUACGGCUCGCGCCCCAAGCUCUCGCCCAGCCAGGCUGCCGCCGUGCUCUUCGCUGCUCGCUUCCUCGGCAUGGAGGACCGCGGCAGUGACGCGCUCAUCCCGGUGGCGGUGCGCGCGGUGAAGGGCGGGUUGGCGGAGGGGUGGGAGGCGUGCUUUGACAUCUUGGACCGCUGCUACCACGACCAGGUGCUGGACGCGCUGGUGGCGGAGUUCAGCCUCAACCGCCACUUCGUUGACUCCGCCACCAGUCAGUGCUGCCCUGCCCCUGGGGGGUUGUAG